CUAAGCGCGGGGACUCGCCGCCCUCCAGGUCAGGCGCCAAGCUUCGGGGCGGCCAGGGCUCCGGCUUCCGCGCCCCCCUGAGAUCCGCGCAGUCGGGCGCUUCCCCACCCGGGACCGGACCUCGGAGCCUUCUUGCCGAGCCUGAGCGCCAACUUCGCCAGGAACGUCCCUAACUCCAGGGCACCCUGCGGGGAGAGAGGGCGCUGCUGCGGGGCACAAGCCGAGAGGACGCGCCGCUGGCGGAGAAGCCAGCAUCCGCGGGGUCGCUCGGGCGCCCCUGAGUGGGCAGCAGCGGCAGCAGACCUCUCUCCCGGGAGUUCCGGACCUGCCAGCGCUGGGGAUUCCUCCCGGGCAGGCGCUCGCCCUCUCUUUUAUGCCCAUGCUGGACUAGAACUCACAGUGUAGCCCAGGUUGACUCCCAACUCUCAAUCUUCUGGACCCCUCCGGGUGUGGGCCAUCACACCUGACUCUGACAGGAGCUUGGGCCCCUGCCACAGCCCAGCAGAGGCUGUGUAGAUCAACCAUCAGGAAGCCUGGUUCCCAGCCCCGGGGUCCAUCCCUGGCUGCGGGGAGUGGAGGCUCCUGCGAGGUAGCAGUGGCCCGCAGCGGUCCCCUCCCCAUAGUGAGCCAUGGGUCAGAAGCUCUCUGGGAGCCUCAAGUCCGUGGAGGUACGAGAGCCAUCACUACGGCCAGCCAAGCGGGAGCUUCGAGGCUCAGAGCCCGGGCGGCCAGCACGGCUAGACCAGCUGCUGGACAUGCCUGCGGCAGGGCUGGCUGUGCAGCUGAGACACGCGUGGAACCCCGAGGACCGCUCGCUCAAUGUCUUCGUCAAGGAUGACGACCGCCUCACCUUCCACCGCCACCCGGUGGCCCAGAGCACGGAUGGCAUCCGCGGCAAAGUGGGCCAUGCCCGGGGCCUGCACGCAUGGCAGAUCCACUGGCCAGCUAGGCAGCGGGGCACCCAUGCUGUGGUGGGCACUUGGGCCGCAGCCGCCUCUACCACGAUGGCAAGAACCGUCCUGGGGUAGCAUACCCUGCUUUCCUGGGGCCAGAUGAGGCCUUUGCUCUGCCAGAUUCCUUAUUGGUCGUGCUGGACAUGGACGAGGGCACGCUCAGCUUCAUCGUGGAUGGCCAGUACCUGGGCGUGGCCUUCCGUGGCCUCAAGGGCAAGAAACUGUACCCGGUCGUGAGUGCUGUGUGGGGCCACUGUGAAGUCACCAUGCGCUACAUCAAUGGCCUUGACCCUGAGCCCCUGCCUCUGAUGGACCUGUGCCGGAGAUCCAUCCGCUCAGCCCUGGGCAGACAGCGCCUGCGGGACAUCGACUCCCUGCCCCUGCCUCAGUCUCUCAAAAACUAUCUGCAGUACCAGUGAGCGGUGCUGAAGGCCUCCUGUCAUCUGUGGUCACACAGCACCUAGCUCCAGAGCAUCAGGAUGUGUCACUGACUUAGAAAAGGAACGCCUGUUGCCACUGUGACUGCCAGGGCCAAACUGCUGCCAUCAUCAACCAGGACCAGAAGGCCACCCAGUCAACCAGAGUGCAGAGACCACUUCUUCCUCAAGAGAAUGAAUAAAACACUUGGCAGGAGACGGCAUCCUGUUCCCCACUGCAGACACGCCCAGGAAAACUGGCCAGUGGAGACAAAAUAGCUUCUGAAUAAUGAAUGAUGGAAGCAAAUCCUUGAUGGUCCCCUCCCUGCCUGCCACUGGCCAGGGCAGGGAGAUUGUCCUUCCAUUUUAAGACUUAGUACCACUUUGAGAGACAAGUCUCCAGGGACCACAGCAGUGCGAAGAACCUGGGCUUUCCUCUCUGAGCAGGCUUCCUCAUCCCUUCCUUCCCUCUUCCACCAUGGAUAGGGUCCUUUGACUGUCCCCACCCCUCUAUUCAGGGACACUAGUCUGGUGAUGACUUGCCCCAGGGACAGAGUUUAUUCUUGGGUAUGAUCGUUUUAGGUAGCGUCUGCAUUUUGAAAGAGGUGUGUGGUGAAGAUGGCUUUCUCCCAAAGGUGCUAAGGAGGCAGGAGUUCUCAGGACACCAAGUCUGUGACACCCUGAGUGUCCAGGACUCUGGUGGCCAUCAUUCAGGGUGAAGCCUGGUUGUCACAGAGCUUUCUUUGAGCAAAUUAUUUUUUCACUUUAGGAGACUUCCACAGUUUGUUUCGCGUUUCCAAUAUGUGUGUGACAUGCUGUUUAUUUAUCAGCUGGGGCCCCUGGCGUGGCCUUGGGACUGGAAGGGGUGGGUGUGACACACAGUCUCUGCAGGGCCUGAGACCCAUCCUCUCACAGAGUGUUGCUGCUGCCACCAGCACCACCAUUCAGCAUCUUUGGUGAGUUCCAGAUACUCCCCACUCAGACUCAUGUGUAACUGGAAAUCGUCACAGUGUGGGAUACCAGAGCCAGAAGGCACAGCCUCCACUCUAAUGUGAAUGUGACCCACGAGCAAGGAACAUUUCUAAUAAAGUUUGUCAUUCUGUCCUUGA